UUCAUAUUCUUUUACCUGAGUUCUCAUCUAUUUAAGCAAUCCAGAUUAUUCUCCAAACUUCCAUACCCAUGUGACCUAUUGUUUCCUGCAUACUUAAGUUCCAUAAGUACUCCAUAUUUAGAGUGAUGAAAAUCUAUUUAUAGUCUCAAACCAAAAAUCUGGAAGCUACCAUCAACCUCCUGUUUUUUUACUCCUUCAUAUCCGCUUGAUUACUAGAUUUCAUAGACUUUUAAGUACCUCUUGAAUUUCUUUCCAUCCCAUCUGUCUUUCCCCCCCACUCUCUUGCCUGAAUGAUUACAGUAGUCCCGUACUUUCUUUGUUGUAUUUCUAGUUAUCUAUUGCCACACAACAAAUUACCCUGAAGAUUACCAGCUUAAAAUAACAAACAUUUAUUAUCUUACAGUUUCUGAAGGUCUGGAAUCUGGUUGCAGCUUAAUUGGGUCUUUCUAGCUCAGUAUCUCUUAAGAAGUUGCAGUCAAGCUCUAGGCAAAAGAACUAGGCCUAUAUUCAACUAGGAGUGAAUGAUCUUCAAAGCUUACUCAUGUGAUUGUUGGCAGGCCUCAGUUCUUCACUAGCUGCUCAGUUCCUCACUGUGUAGAACUCUCCAUAAAGCUGUUUACUGUGUGGCAGCUUGCUUUCCCCAGAGCAAGAGAGAGUGUUCCCAAGACAGAAGUCAUGGUGUUUUAUAACAUAAUUUUGGAAGUUACAAACCAUUAUUUCUUUUCUUUUUUUUUUUAAUUGGAGUAUAGUUUAUUUACAAUGUUGUGUUAGUUUCAGGUGUACAGCAAAGUGAACCAGUUAUACAUAUAUCGAUUUUUUUUAAAGAUUCUUUUCCCAUAUAGACCAUUUUAGAGUAUUGAGUAGAGUUCCCUGUACUAUACAGCAGGUUCUUAUUAGUUAUCUAUCUUAUAUAUAGACCUUCAUUUCUUCUGUAUGCUGUUGAUCACACAGACAAAUGCUUUGUACACUGUAGGAGGGAACUGUACAUGGGUAUGAAUGCCAUCCAGGAGACGAGGAUCAUUAGGGGCCAUCCUAGAGACUGUACCUUCAGAGGAAAUAGAUGAUGCAAGGUUUAGAAGAUAGCUCAAAAAGCAUUCCAGUUAUAUCAUUAGAGAGGAAUAAAAUGAAAGAGACUACUUUGAAAAUGAAAUAGUCAAAAUAAGGACCUUUGAAAUAAAAGAGCUAAAUAAAAAAAGAUUGAAUUAGUAAUACAAAAAAUAAAACCAAAGAGUCCUCCCUGAAUGUAGAGCAAAGUAUGGAAAAUUAAAUAAAAAUGAAGACAUAUUUAGGACAGCUUUAGAAUUGGGCUAACUUAUACUUAAAAGGGGUUCCAGAAGGAAAGGACAGAAAGUAGAGGAGAGAAUAUAGCCCCAAAGGAUAAGAAGAAAAUUUCCCAGGGCUGAAAUCUUGUAUCUCUCCCCCCAACCCUCCAGAUCUUCAUAUUGAAAGUGCUAAAAACCAUGCCUACACAUGUCCUUAAUUUCAGAAUUCCAAGGAUAAAGAAAAUAAUCUAAUUGUUGGAGGGAAAAUUACCUUUCAAGCGAAACAGACUGGCCACACUCUUUUCAUUGGCCAAAUUGAAUGCAGGAGGCUGACGCAGUUUUCUUUAAAUAUUUAAAGGGAAAUUAUUUUGAACUUAGUAUGCUGUACCUAGUCAAGUUUUCAAUCAUGUUUAAGGCGAGAUGAACAUGUUUUCAGACAAGUAAGUAUUUAGAAGAUUUAAGGAUCCUGCAGAAAUGAAACAGAUACCCUUUUCUCCACUAUUACCAACACUGACCAUUAAAGAAAUUGAACUUUACUGAACUAAACUGAAGGAGGUACUCUUGAACUGGGAAUCCUGACCAUGAAAUGAAUAUGAAUAGAAAAAAGCAGACACCAUCUAUCCAAAACCAUAAAAAAGUACAAAUUGAAACAUUUUAGCUUAUAAAAAUUGUCCCACAGAAACCAACUAUGAAGUAGAAAACAAAUACAGCACUCCGAACUGAGUUCAGUAUCCUCACACAACCAUGUGGGGUUAUAAAACAAACUUGAACGGAAAAUUCAAAAGCUAAGGAGAGAAAUCAGCAAAAGUGGAGGAAAUAAUGAAAUGAAAAUUGAACUCAGAAAACAAAUAGAACAAGACAAAAUCUUAUCUGAAAUCGAUCAUCUCAGUAGAUGAAGAAAAAACAGAGAUAAUCUUUCCAAAAUAAAACAGAAAAAUGAAAAUAUUCUUUAAACUGAUAAAGAUCACCUGUAAGUAAUCUAGCAGCAAUAUCCCAGUAAUAGUAUGUUGGAAGCAUUCCAUUUAAAUUGGGAAUAAGAGCCCAGUCUCCCAGCCUCUCUUGGGAGAAUGAGGCAGCUUGAGGGCUGUGGCUGAGUUGCAGUUGCUGGGUGACAAGUCGGAGCCGGGACAGGCAUAAUGGCAGAAACUGCUUCUCCACUGAAGCACUUCGUGCUGGCUAAGAAGGCAAUUACAGCACUCUUUGACCAGUUACUGGAGUUUGUUACAGAAGGAUCACAUUUUGUUGAAGCAACGUACAAGAAUUCAGAACUUGACCGAGUAGCUACUGAGGAUGAUCUGAUAGAAAUACAGAGGUAUAAAAAUAAGCUUUCCAUCAUUGGUGAGGAGACAUGAAAGGAAGCCCCGAAAGUGGCAUUUUUUGGCAGGACAAGCAGUGGGAAGAGCUCUGUUAUCAUUGCCAUGUUGUGGGAUAAAGUCCUCCCUAGUGGAAUUGGACAUACAACCAGUUGCUUCCUGAGUGUUGAAGAGACGGAUGGAGAUAAAGCCUGUCUCAUGACAGAAGGGUCACAUGAAAAAAAGAAUGUGAAGACAGUUAAGCAGCUGGCCCAUGCCCUUCAUAUGAACAAAGACUUGAAAGCUGGCUGUCUUGUACAUGUGUUUUGGCCAAAGGCAAAAUGUGCCCUCUUGAGAGAUGACCUGGUUUUAGUGGAUAGUCCAGGUACAGAUGUCACUACAGAGCUGGAUAGCUGGAUUGGUAAGUUUUGCUUAGAUGCUGAUGUCUUCGUUUUGGUUGUAAACUCCAAAUCAACUCUAAUGAACACUUAAAAACAGUUUUUUCACAAGGUAAAUGAACGACUUUCCAAGCCUAAUAUUUUUAUUCUGAAUAAUCGUUGGGAUGCCUCUGCAUCAGAGCCAGAAUAUAUGGAAGAUGUAUGCAGACAGCUCAUGGAAAGAUGCCUACAUUUCUUGGUGGAGGAGCUCAAAGUUGUGGAUCCUUUAGAAUCAUGGAAUCGUAACUUUUUUGUUUCUGCAGAGCAAGUUCUUAGUGCUAGAAAGCACAAAGCCCAGGGGAUGCCAGAAGGUGGUGGGGCACUUGCAGAAGGAUUUCAGGCAAAAUUACAGGAGUUUCAGAAUUUUGAACAAAUCUUUGAGGAGUGUAUCUUGCAGUCAGCAGUGAAAACAAAGUUUGAACAGCACACUAUCAGAGCUAAACAGAUACUAGAAACUGUGAAAAACAUAAUGGAUUCAAUAAACGUGGCAGCAGCAGAGAAAAGGGUUUAUUCAGUAGAAGAGAGGGAAGACCAAAUUGGUAGACUGGACUUUCUCCGAAACCAGAUGAACCUUUUAACAUUGGAUGUUAAGAAAAUAAUCAGGGAGGUUUCAGAGGAGGUUGCAAAUAAGGUUUCAUGUGCAAUGACAGAUGAAAUUUGUGACUCUGUUUUUGUUGAUGAAUUUUGUUCUGAGUUUCAUCCUACUCUAAGUGUAUUGAAAGUAUAUAAAAAUGAGUUAAAUAAGCACAUAGAAGAUGGAAUGGGAAGAAAUUUGGCUGAUCAGUGCACCAAUGAAGUCAAUGCUUCAAUGCUUCAAUCCCAGCAAGAAAUUAUUGGAAAUCUGAAGCCAUUACUUCCAGCUGGUAUGCAGAAUAAACUACAUACACUGAUUCCUUGCAAGAAAUUUGAUCUCAGUUAUGACCUAAAUUGCCACAAGUUAUGUUCAGAUUUUCAAGAGGGUAUUGUAUUUCAUUUUUCCUUGGGCUGGUCUUCCCUUGUCCAUUGUUUCUUGGGCCCUACAAAUGCUCAGCGGGUGCUUCUAGGAUUAUCAGAGCCUAUCUUUCAGCUUCCCAGAUCUUUAGCUUCUACUCCCACUGCUCCUACCAAUCCAGCGUCACAGGAAGAACUCAUGGUUACCUUAAUAACAGCAUUAGCUUCUCUUACGUCUAGAACUUCUAUGGGCAUCAUUGUUGUUGGAGGAGUGAUUUGGAAAACUGUAGGCUGGAAACUCAUAUCUGUUUCAUUAAGUAUGUAUGGAGCUUUGUAUCUUUAUGAAAGGCUGACUUGGACCACCCGUGCCAAGGAGAGAGCCUUUAAACAGCAAUUUCUGAAUUACGAAACUGAAAAACUGCAAAUGAUUGUUAGCUUCACAAGUGCCAACUGCAGCCAUGAAGUACAACAGGAAAUGGCGACCACUUUUGCUUGCCUGUGCCAACAAGUUGAUACUACACAAAGACAUCUAGAAGAGGAAAUUGCUAGAUUUUCCAAAGAAAUAGAUCAAUUGGAGAAAAUAUAAAACAAUUCGAAGUGCUUAAGAAAUAAAGCUGUUCAACUUGAAAACAAGCAGGAGAAUUUUACUAAGCAGUUUCUACAUUCAGGCAAUGAAGAAGAAUCUUAACAAUAGAGAUUGCUUUGGUGAUCAUGAUAGGAGAAAAUGGAACUUGGAAGAUUGGGACAGUUAUUUUUAUGAAGUGACUUUAAAUAUGAAUUCUACUAACUAUACCUAAAUAGCAAAUCCUUGAGUAGAUCCUGGUAUUGAUCUAUCUCAGGAUGUUUGCAUUUCUGAAAAGUGUUGUGAUGUCUCUUUUAGUUUUAAUUUUGGAUAAAGAAAAAUCCUUUGAUACGUGAAAAUGAUGAAUUAGUUUAAAGCAAAAGAACCAACUCUGUGACCCCUGAGGGGUGGGGCCUUUCUCUUAAUUAGGGCUCUCUUUGUUUUUGAUUCUGAAAAACUCUGCUUCCUGGCAUCCAGUAGUUAGAGAAUGCUCCUUUCAUCUUCUUUCUCAAAACGAAUUUUUGAUGCCUACUUCAACGGGAAUAGUCACAUUUUUGUUUUAUAAACUGCAUUGCUCUAACCACAAAGGAGUGUGGAAAUGUUCUUGAGUGUAUUAUUUAUGCAGGUUACAAUCACUUUUGCCAUUCUGGCAGACGUGUAAACCACUAAUAAAUAAUACUGUUUUUACUCUCUUAUUCCCUUUAAAACUGAUGUAAAACAGUAAAAGAAAUAAAAAUAAAAUGAAUAAGACAAAGUAUCUGCACACUUCAUUUUAAUUUCCUCUAGGUUUAGAAAUUUGUUGCCAUAGAAUUGUAAGUAGUAUGCUUAUAUUUUAUAUGUGGUCAUAUCUCAUUUUUUAAAUCCCUAAUCCUACAUAUUUUCUUUAAUAUCCAUAUUAAGGAGUUGAUCCACUUUAUAGGUCUUUUCACAUAAUCAAGCUAUAAAAAUUACUUUGAUAUGAUACAUCAAAACGUAUUGGAUCCAACUGUGCAGUGCUUAAAUGCUAAGGAGUUCAUAGCCUUUGAUGCGUAUAUUAGACAAAAAAAGCUAAAAAUGCAUGGUCUAAGUAAACCUGAAGAAAGUAAAAGGAGGAAAGACAAAAGACAAAAUUAAUGAAAUACAAAAUAAUUGUGAAUAGAGAAAAGAAAAAAGGUAAAAAUUUGUUAUUUGGAAAGAGUAAUAUUUAUUCCAUUUUUG